UUUCACAUAUUCUGGAAACUGUCUGACAUACUCUGUUUUUCUGUCUUUAAUUUUGCAGCCUCAAAAGUGAGGCAUACUCAUCCCCCUAAGAACCACUGACCAACCACAAAGGCAAGAACCGAUGAUCUAUGUUCUUGAACUUGUAUGUUUGUGUCAUUGUCAGUGGGAUGAUGUGAGACUUGCAGUAAUUUGUUUAUGGAUUCCUAAGAAAAUUGGAUACGCUCAACCUGUCAUAGAUGCAUAGUCAUUCACUCAUGACCUGGUGUUUAUUCUUUAUUUAUAUCUUAGCAGAUAUAAGUAUUAUGCAGUUGAGUUUAUGGGCUUGGAGUGGGUGGCUAAUUUUCCUUUCGUACUUGCACAAUUAGUGGUAAAUAAAACUCCACCAGUGCGCCUCAACUUUCCACUUACAGAGUUACUAAGAACAACACCUUUGAGAUAAGGUAAGAAUGUCCCCUCAGAAAUCAACAAGGAUAACAAAAAGUUAAAUUUAGAAAUAUCUACUUGUAAUAUCAAAGAGGUAAUGUUGAACCAUUCUGAUCUCAAAUGGAUUGUAUUAUAAUAUUCUAUUAACUGUCAGAGUUAAAUUGUGAUAAGCAAUUAUCUGUUUGUGCCUCUCAUUGCUAUAGUCAGGUUUAUAAAAUAAUGUAUAUUUGAUGAGAUUACUGCUUUAAACUUUCUCCGUUCUUUGUAAAAUGAUCCAUAUCAAAUAAUAUGAAAAAAUACUCUGGAGAAGGCAUUUCUGUUUACUGUCUGUCCCUCAGAUGAAGAAGUCAGUUCUUGGCCUGAGCUUUUUGGUCUCAACUGUACUUAAAUUUCCAUGCUGGGAGGAACAAAGUCUGCCUUUGAGUCAAGCAUCUGACUUUCACCUGAGGGAGACUCACCCAGUCCUCCUGGCAUGGGCCAAACCACCCCAGUCUCGGGAGCCUGCAGUUCCCCGCUGCUCUUUGCAGCCACAUUCCGUGUUUCCUUGAUCCUACUGGACACUGCCACAGGCCUUCCAGCACCUAGAUCUCCAAAUCCAGUCAAACUAUGGAGUAAGAAAGAAACUUCAAUCUCUGUGAACUGAUUGAAAUAUCAUGCACACAGCCAUGAGUAACCAGACACUGGUGACAGAAUUCAUCCUGCGCGGUUUCUCAGCAGCGCCACAGCUCCGGGCUCUCUUCUUCAUCCUCUUUCUCUCCCUGUACACCAUGGCGCUCUCUGGAAAUUCCCUCAUUGUGGCAGCCAUCGCCUUUACCUCCAGGCUCCACACCCCCAUGUACUUUUUCUUGGUCAAUUUGGCUGUUUUUGAUGUUAUCUGUGCCUGCACCGUGGUGCCCAAGCUGCUUGAGAUGCUGGUGGCAGAGAAGAGAGGCAUCUCUUACUGGGGCUGUGUGGUCCAGUUGUACUUCCUGACGUGGUCUCUAGCAGCAGAAUUACUGCUCUUCACCGCCAUGGCUUAUGACCGCUACCUGGCCAUCUGCCAGCCUCUGCACUAUGGAUCCAUGAUGAGCCCCAGGGUGUGUGUGGUGCUGGCUGGGGCUGUGUGGGGCAUCAGCGUGCUCGGUGCUGGAGUCAAUGCCUGCCUGAUUUUACGGUUGACCUUCUGUGGGUCCAACGUGAUCGAUCACUUCUUCUGUGAGAUCCCCCCUCUGCUGCUGCUGUCCUGUUCCUCCACGUACGUGAAUGACAUCAUGUCAAUUAUGGCUGACAUCUUCUUUGCCGUGCUGAAUUUCCUACUUACCAUGGUGUCGUAUGGCUUUAUCAUCUCCACCAUCCUGAAGAUGCGUACAGCCGAGGGGAAGAGGCGAGCCUUUUCCACCUGCUCCUCCCACCUCAUCGCCGUCACCAUGUACUACUCCACCAUCAUCUACACCUACCUGAGCCCUGGCUCCAGCUACUCUCCUGGGACGGGCAAGGUAGUGGCUGUGCUUUAUUCCACUGUGAGCCCCACAUUGAACCCUCUCAUCUACACUCUUAGGAACAAGGAUGUCAAGGCAGCUCUCAAAAAAGUCUUGAUGCUCAUUGUGGAAAAAGUGUAAAUUGGCAGUCUCUAAAGUUUGUGUUCUUUGUUGCUUUCUCACCUGAUCCUUGUGAGAUGUGUCCUACUUGUUAUUAAUAUGUUAUUUCUAUGGGGUUGAUGCUGACAUUCUCAAUGCCCCCUGUUGUGAAAACAUUCCUUCAUUGAUUCACCAGAGCAUCCAAAUUUGAUGUGGAGUUCAACCCCCUUUUACUGAGAGUUUGGGGUUCCUACAAAUGAACACAUCGUAACAAAGAACAGAUUCAUUACAUCUCACACAGCUUGGACUUCUCACCAACCUAGAGUCUCUACCUACAUUGUAUAAACCUGCACUGGGAAGCUGUCAGUUCAAUUCCAUCAAGAGUGCCCUUGUAGAGCUACCCAAAUUUCUGCCCAGGCUAAAUGGAUCAUGGCCCAAAAUGCAGAAUAAGUUUCUCCUGUGAUGGUUAACUUUAUGUAUCAACUUGACGGGUCUAAGGGAUGCCCAGACAACUGGUAGGACAUUAUUUCUGGGUAUGUCGGUGAAGGUGUCUCUGGAGAAGAGUAGCAUUUGAAUAGGUAAACUGGGUAAAGGAGGUUGUCCUCUCCUGUGGGAGUGGGCAUCCCCCAAAUUGUUGAUGGCCUGAAUAGAGCAAAAGGGGAAAGAAGGGUGAAUUCAUUCUCUUUGACAUUCAGCUUCAGACUAGUACUUACACCACUGUCCCCAAUUCUCACACCUUCAGAAUUUGACUGAAUCACACCAUCAGCUCCUCUGGGCCUUCAGCUUGCAGAAGGCAAGUUAUGGGUCUUCUUGGCCUCCAUGAUCACAUGAGCCAAUUCUGAUAAUAAGUCUCCAUAUCUGUGUAUAGAUGUAUAUGCACAUUAUAUUGUAAAAUACAUAAUUAUACAUAGAGUAUAUAUAGUAUAUAUAUAAUUAUACAUAUGAUAUACAUAUAUGCGCAUUAUAUAUGUGUGUAUGUACACAUAUACAUAUCAGCCAUCAGAAGUCUACAUGUACGUAUAUCUCCAGUUGGUUCUGUCUCUCUGCAGAACCCUGAUAAAGACAUGUGCCUUCCCAUUCAGACUGCCAUGGAAUCCCUGGUCCAGAGAUACACUAGGAACUGCAUGACCCAAGACUACACCCUCUUUGAGUCUUGUGUAGACAUUACUCCUUCUGUAUGGAAUGUGCUUUACUUGGUUGACUGACACUUAAUUUAGAUCCUUGCUGCAUGUUACAUCCUGAAUCUUCAUUUACCAGACUGAGUUGGGUCCCUCCAUCACCUGUUCUCCUAGAUUCUUCUUAUUGCCUUCAGAGCUAAUCAUGCAGCUCAUUAUUUGAUUAAUAUCUCUGUGUUUCAUGAGGGGAGGAGCUGCUGUUUCUGUCACCAAUACAUCCUCAGCAGGAGAACAGGACCUGGAGCACAACAGGCAAUGAAUCAUUGGAAAACAAUCCACUGUACUAUGCUGUUUUGCAUAUCAGUGCAGGAAGGAGAUAUACAUACUCUACUGUUCAACAGUUUCCUUGCUAGCUUUCCUUGUAUAUGUACACAAGGACACAGGUUCCAAGUUGUUUCUCGCAUCUCUUUGUGGAGUAGCAAAGGUGGAAACCACCUACCUGCCAGAUAGUAGGAAGUGGAUAAGCAAGCCAUGAAUUCAUCACACAUGAUAUAUCAUCCUGAAUCCAUACACACUAGUAUGGACAUACAUCACAAAUGGAAUAUCAUGUUGCAAGUGUCAUAUCAAUGUGGACAUACAGCAAAAGCAGAUGUCAGUAAGAAAAGCCAACCAAAAAUUGAUGUGCAUAGUUGUACGCAUGUCAUAUUUAUAAAAGCAUUGAAAAAAUAGGCCAUAUUAUUUUAUCAAAAUAAAUGUAUACAAACACAUAUGGAAACAAGGCACUCAGUCUUCAGGAUAGUGGUUAUGUCAGGAAUGCAGGGAGGGAAAGAAAUUAAAGGAGGAGUUGAGUUGCAGCUGUAUUUUUAAAUUUCUUACUCAGAAAUAAAUGUGAAUAUGGCAAGAUG